UUCUCCUUGUCUCUCUCCCACCAGGUGGGGCAGGUGCCGGGACACAGUUCUGCCGGCGAGCUAUGAGGCAGGAGUGGAGAUUUUGAUGCCUCUCCCAGGAGUCCCAAGAGCCAUGACUGCAACUGUGCAGACGCUGCGGUUCAAGCUGCUGCCGCACGAGCCAGGCCAGGAGUGGGGGCACAGCUGCCAGCAGGAAAUUGAGCGUCGCUACCAGGUGGUGCCCUCAGUGGUGUGCGCUAUGUGCUGCCUUUUUGGCAUCAUCUACUGCUUUUUCGGCUACCGCUGCUUCAAGGCUGUCAUGUUCCUGACGGGGCUGAUGUUCGGCUCUAUCAUCAUCUUCAUGCUGUGCUACAAGGAGAGGGUGCUGGACACACAGCUGAGCGUGGAGGCCUCAGUGGGCAUUGGGUUGGGCAUUGGAGUCUUGUGUGGGCUGGUCACCAUGCUGGUGCGCAGCGUUGGCCUCUUCAUGGUGGGGCUGCUCCUGGGGCUGCUGCUGGCGGUGGCCACGCUGGUGGUGAUGGAGCAAUUCUACCACCCACCAACGGUGUGGAUCCCCAUCGCGCUGCUCUUGGGCGUGGGGAUGCUCUUUGCUGUCCUCACCCUGCAGUGGCAGCGCUUCUUCACCACCCUCUCCACCGCCGUCUUUGGCAGCGCCAUCAUGACCGUCACUGUCGACUACUUCAUCGAGCUCUUCCUCCUGGUGCAGUACAUCUAUGAGCGCAUCAAGGUGGCCCCUGCUCGCCCCGUGUGCUGGUACAGCUGGGUCAUCCUGGGCAUCUGGCCACUCCUCACCACGCUGGGUGUCCUGGUCCAGUGGAAGGUCACAGGCGAAGGCUACUCCCAUACAGAAGUGAUCAUCAGCCGGCAGCAGCGCCGCGUGCAGCUGAUGCGCAUCAAGCAGCGGGAAGACCGAAAGGAGAAGAAGAAGAAGCGGAGACCCCACCACCCACCACCCCACCAGCACAAAGCCCACCCCCCCGAGCCUGCUUACCGCCGCAAGCCCAACCCCGUGCGCCGCUUUGAUGGGGACGUGCUUUCCCCCAGCUACAUCCAGAGUUUCCGAGAGCGGCAGACAGGACCAUCGCUGAACAGCCUCAUCGCCAGCUCCCAUGCCGUGGUGGACCUGGACUAUGACUGCAGCUCCACCGUGCCCCUCACCACGGGCUCUGGCCCUGCUGUGAGGGUAUAAGCCAACCCAGUGACCUCGAGCAACACCAGCACCCCAGCCUGCUCUGACAGAACCUCUGAGACAGGCAGGACUUCGUCCUCAGCCCCAAGUGGCCACAUGCAGCUUGGGGCUGCAGAUGGAGAGACCCUUCUUGGAGACACACAGGACUUGUCUGAGGAAGCCCCACCUGCCUGUGGGGCCCAAAGGUGCUGGGGAAGCCCUUUGGCAGGCACUAAGCCCAAGGACCAGAACCCAUGGACGUGCAGUGCGAGUGGCUCUGCUGGGGUGGUGGGUCCCUGAGCCCCCACUGCUGUGCAUUACCUUAUGGCCCGGGCACGCUCAUCCUGCAUCUUAACAAUUCCCCAUAUUUGAGUCCCCCCUUUCCCAAGAGCAGCUCCCCACUCCUGCCCCCACACCAUUGCACCCCCAGCAACUCCCCAAGUGCCUGUCCCCUAUGUCCCUUCCUCAAAGAGCAGGUCCCAUGGCCCUUUUCCCAGCAGGGAAUCCCCUGAGCAUGUGUGCCCUGUCCCAUCCUGUCCCCAAGAGCAGCUCCCAGGCAGUGCUUCCCAAAACCUGCCUCCUCAGAAGAUCCUCUUGCCCUAGCCACCCACCCUCCCUUCACCCCAGAGCGGCUCC